AUGUUCGCGGCCGAGACUGCGAAUGCAAAGGCACCGAAGACCCAAACGAAUGUUGGCCGAGCCGAAAGGGAGUUCAUUCUGCACUUGGUCCAGCUGAAAGCGAGCCGACGCUUCAAGGCCACCGCGGCGCUUGGCAGAAACACACCUGUCCGAGGGGCGCAAGCUUGGCUGAAGUGUGUGGUGGUCUGGGGCAACGUCUUCAUUCCACCGCUCCUUGGGGCGACUGCUAAGCUUCUGCCCUGUUAUGGCACACAAGAAGGCGGCCAACGCAUCCUCAUGUACGAGGCCGCCGUCAGCACCUCGUGUGCCUCCACUUUAGGUGAUGCAGUGGGACUGCCGCGGUUCUGGCUGGCGGUCGGAACAACCGCCGUGCUUACCCUGCUUGGCCCCGUCUUGUGGCUCUGCCUCGCAGCAUCCGACCCCGCGAAGAAGCACGUGCGUGAGCGUGAGGAGACUGUUGCUUUCCUGGUGGCAGGCUACGAGCCAAAGUACCGCUGGUGGGAGGUCACCGUGUUGUUCCGGAAAUCAGCCAUCUACGUGGUUGCAACGUGGUUUCCCAUGUCCUGGGCACCGGGAGCACACCUCGUCUACCUUGCCCUUAUUGUAGCCACGGCCGAGCUCAUCCACACGACAUUUCAACCCUAUCAUAGCUCGCUGCUUGACCGUAUCGAAAGCCAAGCGCUCUGCGCCGCUUUGAUCGGCUUGCUGCUGGUUGCCUCACUAUUUAUCAAAUGGCCGUUCAUGCCGUACGCCAUCUAUCUAACCAGUUGCGGCAUGUUGUGCGUGGUCACCGCCGGUGCUUACCUCCACUUUCUGUUCUGGGGUCGUUUCACGAUC